AUGAAGUUCUCUGUUAUCUCCAUCCUCGCUGUUGCCUUCCUUACUGUGGGCCCUGCAGGUGCAAUACCCAUUGACAGCAUCCAAGACCAAACCACCGCCGAUGGGAGUUCUAAAACCGACAACGUCAUGCCGGCCGGCCCCAGUACAACCAUGGCUUCCGACAAGUCGAAUCAAGUCUAUACACCUGCGCAUGACCAAGGGGAAGCCGAAUAUGCCAAUUCAACCACUGCCGACGACAUUUCUCGGACCAACGAUGCAGGUGACGGUGAAACCCCGACUUCCCAUAAGUUGGAUCAUGACUGCACAUGUCAUCAGGGGGUUGAAGAUGCCGGUGUAGCCACUACCGAUGCGACUUCUCACAACGGCGAUACCCUGCCACCAGGUGCCGACAAAACCCUAACUUCCCACAAUUUGGUUCAUAACUGCACACGUGCCCAUGCCCAUCAAGGCGUCGAAGAUGCCGGUGCAGUGACUACCGAUGCGACGUCUCAGACUGAUAUUGCCAUACCGGCAAUUCCAAAGGCACCCCUGACGUCCCACAACUUGGACAAUAACAGCACAGAUGGCCAGGCCCAUGAGGAUGGCAAAGAUGCCGAUCCGGCCACUGCCAUUACGGCUCCGAAAAGUGAUGAGCAGAUGAAAGCUUCGGUCAAGAGAGCUCCCCCCCAGCGCGGCACUCCUGACUCCAUGGAAGCCCAACGCGCUAGUGCGCCAGAGAUUUCUUCCAGCAGUCAGGGUAAUUCACCUUCACCCGAAGUUCACCACCCCCAGAAUGCCAUAGAGAUGCCUGGUCGGAAAAGAGGCACGACUAUGGUGACGUCCGCGGCCGUGACUCGGCGGUAA